AAAAAUCAAUAAUAGCCGAUAGAUUUGGAAUUAGAAUAUAUAAUAUAUAAACGUAACAUUUUAUUUGUGUAUAAACGUAACAUUUUACAAGAUUACUUAAACAUGGAGCAACCACAUAAUAUAAACAAACAAGCAAUUGAGAGCUUCAGAAGUUCCUACCACCGGGAAGUAAAGACAACACAACACUUGAGCAAAGAUCUUGGAUGUGGGGGUAGUCGACGUUACCAUUGUACUAAAUGUAAAUACAGCACACCCCACAGCCAGACACUAAAAAACCAUAUGCGCCGACACAAUGGUGAAAGACCAUACCAAUGUGAUUGUGGGAAAUCAUUUACCCAGUCUUCAAGUCUCUCUGCACAUUUUAAGACACACAGCAAUGAGACAUUCUAUACAUGUUCAAUAUGUGGAAAACAAUUUAAGCAUGCCUUCACUUUAAAAAAACAUUCAAAUGUUCAUGAAAAUGCAAAAUUUUCAUGCAAUAUUUGUAAAAAAUUACUUAAAUCUGUGAAAAGUUUACAGGAUCAUUUGUAUAGACAUAAUAAUGUUAGAAAUUUUAGUUGUGAAGAUUGUGGAGAUACCUUUGUAACAUCCUCUGAAUUAGCAAAUCAUAGGAAAAAGCAUAAUUUAAUUAAAAAAGUAGAGUGCUAUUUUUGUGGCUAUAAAACUCACACAAAGAAAAAUUUAGUAAUUCAUUUAAAACGCCACACCGGUGAUAAAUGUCAUAAAUGUACUGAAUGUGAAGUGACAUUCUAUUCAAGUGGAGACUUACAAAGACACAAACGUGUUCAUACUUGUGAGAAGCCCUACUCAUGUAUAAUCUGUUCUCAAAAGUUUUCAUACAGUCCUAGUGUUAACAAACACAUGCUGACAGUACAUAAUAUUAUUAAGUUCAAAUGGAAGGAUAUAAGGAAAAGUUUAAUAACUAAAAGUAAAUAAAAGUUGUUUCAAAGAUA